AAGAAAUGUCCAGAUGGAGUAGGAAGAGAAGUCGUCCACCCAAAUGGACCAGAAUGAAAACACCGCUAAGUUUGAUAAGAAAUGUAUAAACCCAAAGCAAAUAUGAAUGCAACAAAGGAUAAGAGGAAGCCCAAAGCUCAAAAUACGAAACAAAAACAGCAAAUCAAGCAAAUAGGAAAGAAACCCGAUAGUGCCCAACAUACGAACCGAAUGCCCCCGCAAAUAUCGAGGAGAAUUCCAGUAAGCCAGGACUAUGAACAGAAGGACAAGUACAGACGACCGGCGACCACCGGUAUCUUACCUAGUAAAAUUUCCCGGCUGAGUACCGUCGCCGAGGCAUCCAAUUUGAACGUGCAGGCUGGAGCCGAUCACGCUACCAAGAUCUUGGAUGCCGUCACCGCUCUUUGGCGUAAGAAACGAAUGCAGGACGUGGUGCUCGUCGUGGGGCACCAUCGCGUCGGCGCUCACAGGCUCAUCUUAGCAGCCUGCAGCGGGUACUUCUGCGAUCUAUUCACGUCAGAGGAAGACGACCCGGACUCUGAUGGAGAGCAAUUCGUAUACACCUUACAUGGUGUGAGUCACGAAAUCAUCAAGAUUCUCCUAGAGUCACUGUACACCUCGGGUCUAGACGUCACUUAUGAAAACAUCGAUGAACUUCUAAACGCCGCGCUUUAUCUAAGAAUACAAACGGCGUUAGACGCGUGCAUGAGCUUCUUACUCGAGAACCUCACUUCAAAGACUUGCCUCCGGACGCUGUCGGUGGCUAUUUCUUUCGACAUGGAGGAUAUUUUCAAAAGGGCGUGCCAGCAGGUGGCGAGUCACUUCGUAGAACUUUCUACCACACAGGAGUUCUUGGAUUUAUCCGAAGAGACCCUGCUUUUUCUGGUGACGAGAGAUGAUCUACAUGUGGAUGACGAAUUAGAGGUGUUUCAUGCGUGCACUCGUUGGUUAGAAUACGAUAUCGGUGGUAGACUGCCUUAUCUGGUGCCGCUAAUGCGUCGAGUCCGACUUCCCAUGAUUACGCCCACGGCGCUCGUCGAUUUCGUAGAGAGUGUACCGUACAUCAUGAGACACCCUCACUGCGAGCUGCUGGUGAAAGAGGCCCUCCACUACCACUGUCUCCCUCAUCGUCAGAGUGUGCUGCAGUCGUCCCGAACGGUUCCGAGGUCGUCUGUCCGCAUCUCGACGCCUAUUGCCCUCGGUGGUCAGCCGCGACGGUCCAAAGAUCCCGUUGGUUGUGACGUCAUGUUUUAUAAUCCGACGUCCAAGGAAUGGGCGCCGCUGACGACGAUGGAACAUCCGAGGCACCACCACGCAGCUGCAACUCUGGGCGGGUUUUUAUACAUAGCUGGUGGAAGAGAAACAACACCAGCGGGGAAACCCCUUCGCUCCACCCACCGUUACGAUCCACGUACCAAUGUCUGGCUUCAUGUAGCUGAUAUGAUCGAUGCGAGAGAGAGCUUUCAGUUGGGUGUCCUGAAUGGAAAAAUCUACGCAGUUGGAGGCAGGGUUGAUGAUAAGACCUCUCUAUCAGCUGUAGAGCGAUAUGAUCCAUGUCGAGAUGUAUGGGAAGCCGUCGACAGCCUCAGUGAUCCUAGGCGAUGUGUAGCAUUGGCACCUCAUAGCAACCGUCUUUAUGCCAUGGGAGGAUCAGGGAACCAAAAGAUAUCAAGCAAAGUGGAAUAUUUUGACGAUGAUAAGGGCGAAUGGCUACCACGCAAAAAUCUUCGCAUACCUCGCUUCUUCGCCAUCCUCUUGGCACACGGUGACUACCUCUACUUAGCCGGUGGAGCUACUGCUGAUAUCACAGGAACGGUCAGCUGCAUCCCUCACAUUGAGCAAUAUAACCCCCGCAGAGACACAUGGAUUCAACUAUCCCCCAUGGCGACACCACGGGCAGAAAUGGCAGGGAGCGUCGUGGAUGGAACGAUCUAUUUAAUUGGAGGGUACAAUUGGGAGAGCAAACAAUGGCUCCACUCAGUUGAAAAGUACGAUAUUGACGAGGAUGUCUGGGGCUCGUUUAAAGAUUAUCCAAGGGCGUUUACGGGUAUCGGUGGUUGUACGUUGACGCUGUACAAUAUACCGCCAUGAGAAAUGUUGCUAUGCAAAGUACAGUUGGUAACCCCAAAACUUUGUUCACAUCAGUUUUAUUUCACUUCCCCCAACUGUACAGAAAGGAAGAAAAAAAACGGUACUAUGUUAUGGUCUGCAAUCUGUAAUAGCUGAGGACGGCAAUUUCUCACUCUUUGACAUAUUCUGUUUCAAAUGACAUGUGUAAAUAAAGAUUCUAAAAUAUAAACCGCGACUUAUGAUUUUGCGUUUAUUUCAUGACCAUGUUUCCUUUAAACAUCGUUGAAUUUAAGUAU